AUGGCGUUCUCGGCUUACAAGAACCUCGUGCAGAGUCAACAUGCAGAGCUUACGGAGCCGUGCGGACGUCCUCUGAAGCGGCAGGUGUGUGCGGUGCCGGACGAUGGCCGGGCCGUGCGCGCUGCGUCCCCUGCUGCUGACCAGCUGCGGCCUGCUGUCGGCGGCGGCGGUAGCGACGCCGCUCGGGUCCAGCCCUCCUCCCCGCCUGCCGGUCGUCGCCCGGCACCGGAGGUACGUAGUCCGGCCAGGCCGGCGUCUGCGGUCUGGACGGGUCGCCUGCGGACGCCGCUGCAUCAGGCGCAGGUUCCGACGGGCGACGGCGGCCCGGUGGUGGGCGCGACGCUGCGGUCGCCGCUGCCGAAGAGCGGCAAGACCAGGGCGCCGGAGGGCAGCACGAGCAGUAAGGGCAGCAAGAGCAGCACGCCGCAGGGCAAUAAAGGCAGAAAAAGCAGCACGCCGGAGGGCAGCGAGGACAGCAAGAGCAGCGCGUCGGAGGGGACUGAAGGCAACAAAAGCAGCACGCCAGAGGGCAGCAAGGGCGGCAAGGAUAGCAAAAGUAGCACACUGGAGGGGAUCCAGGGCAACAAGGGCAGCACGUCAGAGGGCAGCAAAGGCAGCAAAAGCAGCACGCCGAAGGGCGGCAAGGGCAGCAAGAGCAGCGCGCCGGAGGGGACUAAAGGCAACAAAAGCAGCGCGCCGAAGGGAAACAGGGGCAGCAAGGGCAGCAAGAGCAGCACGCCGGAGGGGAUUAAAGGCAACAAAAGCAGCACGCCGGAGGGCAGCAAAGGCAGCAAGAGCAGCACGCCGGAGGGGACUAAAGGCGACAAAAGCAGCGCGUCGAAGGGGAACAGGGGCAGCAAGGGCAACAAGAGCAGCACGCCGGAGGGGACUAAAGGCAACAAAAGCAGCACGCCGGAGGGCAGCAAAGGCAGCAAGAGCAGCGCGCCGGAGGGGACUAAAGGCAACAAAAGCAGCGCGCCGAAGAGAAACAGAGGCAGCAAGGGCAGAAAGAGCAGCACGCCGGAGGCGACUAAAAGCAACAAAAGCAGCACUUCGGAGGGCAGCAAAGGCAGCAAAAGCGGCGCGCCGAAGAGCAGCAAGGGCAGCAAAGGCAGCGCGCCGGAGGGCAGCAAGGGUAGCAAAGGCAGCACGCCGGAGGGCAGCAGAAUCAGCGCGUCGGAAGGCAGCAGAAGCAGCACGCCGCAAGUCAGUUGGGGCCAGCAACCAUAAGCCAGCAGGACCCGGACAUCACAGA